AAUUCUGUGUGGUACGACUGACGCGUUCAAAAAGAGAAUGGAAGUACCGAUUGAGAAUCCUUUGCCUUCUGUCCUGGAGAAUUCAGGGAAUAUCGACGGAAGUGAAGUCUGGAGUGAUGAUGCUGUUGAUCUUCCUGGGGCUGAAGAGAACUCAUUUUCAUCUGUUGACGAAGAGGAUGACGAUUCCGAACCAAAACUGAAAUAUGAGCGUUUGGGGAACGAUUUGCGGAAAAUCUUCAUGAAAGAUUCCGCAUCAUGCAUCGCUGUCAAUAGCAGGUUUCUUGUUCUUGGAAGCCACUGGGGCAUGAUUCACGUGUUGGAUCACCUCGGAAAUGCAGCUCGAGGACAUGAACUGGUCCGAGUUGUUGUUCACGGGCUCUACAGUGCGGACAAUACUCACAACUUGUCGAAACUAAACUUGGACGUCUUUGUUUCGCACGAAGUAAGGCGCCUACCCGAACAAGCUUGGUACAAAUGGAAUCGGGAAAAUUUCGUGGCUUGGGCAACUGAUGCAGGCGUUCGAGUUGCGGAUUUGAAUGAAAGGAAAACAAUAAGCUUGAUCAAGCGGGAUCAUGACGCAAAAUACAGACCGGAGCUUCUGCGAUGUCAUUUAUGUUGGCAAGAUGGCAAAACGUUGUUGAUUGGGUGGGCUGAUACUGUCAAAAUCUGCGUUAUUCGUCGAAAUAGGGAACCACCGCAGGCUUAUCGCGAUGCGCCGCAGCACCUCGUCGAAAUUGUCAGCAUGUUCACGACGGAUUUCUUCAUUUGCGGAAUCGCUCCGUUGGUGGAUCCUGGUGGUGGGCUGAGCAGGGGUGGGGAUCUUGGAUCUCAUCUGGUUCUCAUGGCGAUGGCCAAAGAAGAAGGUGUCGUCGUGGAUCCCACCGGGAAAGUGAGCCAGAAUAGUACCUGCAUCCCAGCCCGUGGGCAGAAGUUGAUGCUGACCAUCAUCGAGCCCCGUGUUCACGAUUACACAGAAAUCGUCACUGAUUUACUCAGCGUUCGAAAUUACGCGGAUUAUAAAAUCAACGAUUAUCAUAUGGACUGCUUGAUCGACGAGGGCCUGUUUUUCAUCGUUAGUCCGAAGGAUGUGAUUGUUGCUAAACCGAGGGAUGCUGAUGAUCAUAUCGAUUGGCUACUCGAUCGAUGGGAAACUUCGUUCCUGUCAAUCUUCGCCAAAUUUGAAGAAGCCCUGAAUGCCGUGGAGAAUUCCGGGAAGCGUGCUUUGUCCGUGUCCAUGUCGGGUGGGUCAACCAGAAGCGCUUUGUUAACCAGACACACGCUGCUGGACGUGGGCCAGAAAUACUUGGAUCAUUUAGUAGCCUCUGAGAAGUUCGAGGAAGCUGCGAAGCACAUGCCCAAGAUAUUAGGCAGGCAUAAAACGUUAUGGGAGAACGAAGCCUACAAGUUUGCGAGCGCGAGUCAGCUAAAAGCGUUGGCUCCGUAUUUGCCAAAGGGCGAAGAGUUCCAGCUGGACCCGAUUAUUUAUGAAAUGGUGCUGUAUGAUUUCUUGAGGACGGACACUCAAGGUUUUCUCGGAGUGUUGCUCGAGUGGCCGAGUCACUUGUACAACAUGACCGCGGUCAUCAACGCUGUCCUGGACUGCUUGCUUGCACAACCGGAUCAGCAAGUUCUGCUUCAGGCACUGGCGAGGCUUUACUCGCUAUCGCAGCAGUUCCGGAAAGCGCUGGAUAUUUAUCUCAAGUCAGUUGGCGAAGAUUUUGGAAUAAUGUUCCCCGACAAUUUUCUUCAACAUAUAUUCACGUUGGUACUGUGUGCACAUCUUUCUCAAAUUCAAGAGGAAAAAGAGGGAUUGAAGCACAAAGACGUCUUCGCAUUGAUAGACAAAUACGAGCUGGUGGAUUCAAUAAAGGACCUAGUUCCAGGGCUCAUGGAACUUGAUGCUGAGCGGGCUGUGCAACUAUUUCUGGACCACAUUGACAAAUUGCCCCCGGACGUCGUUGUAGUGAAAUUGAAUAAUCACUCGGUAUUUUCUUACAAGUAUUUGGAUGCUUUAUACAAGAAAGAUGCGAAGGCCAUGAAGAGGGAUUAUCACGGGAAACUGGUGGAAUUGUACUCCUUGCAUGACAGGGAAAAACUUCUGCCUUUUCUGCAGUCGUCCUCCGUUUACUCCCUUCAAGAUGCAUUUGGUAUUUGCCGGAAGGGAAACCUCUUUCCCGAAAUGGUCUAUCUACUCACGCGGAUGGGCAAUACACGACAAGCAUUGAAAUUGAUAACGGAGAAUCUCGAAGACGUGAAUAAAGCGAUCGAAUACUGCAAAGAACACGACGAUCGCGAUCUGUGGCAUGAUCUCAUCCAACAUUCCUUAGACAAACCGAAAUUCAUUGCUCAGUUGUUGCUGAACAUUGGAACCCAUGUGGACCCAUUGAUCUUGAUCAGAAAGAUCAAAAACGGCCUGGAGAUCCCCGGCAUGAGAGAUGCACUGGUCAAGAUCUUGAGGGACUACAAUCUCCAGGUCUCCCUCCAAGAAGGAUUCCAGUGCAUCCUCGUUUCGGACUGUUUCUCUCUCCAAAACCGACUUGUUUCCAUGCAAAACCGGGCUGUGGCUGUGCGUAGGGAUCAAGUCUGUCACGCGUGCCAGCGGAGAUUAGUUGGCCGUGUUUCCGACGCCUCGGUGCUCGUUUUCUUUUGUCGACACAGUUUCCACGCUGGGUGUCUGGGUCAGUUGCAGGGUUCGGCGCGGGACGUGUGCAGUUUGUGUCGGAACGUGGAUGCCAAAUCCCCCGGCUUUGGCUUGACUGCUCCGCAAUGAACGAAACCCUUGCAUUUGAGCUUUCCCGUUGGAAUGUUCAGAGAAAUAACCUCCCACAGGAAGCCUUAGGAAAGGAACGAAGGAAUUCUCGAAAGUCUUGCAACUCAACAAAAAAAAAGGCAUCUUUACUCGAAGGUGCUUGAAAACCAGUGGGAUACAUUUUGUGUGCCGUUUUAUUUUUCACAUACCAGAAUGUGUUCUUAUCAGCGGAUUUAAAUGAAAAACAAGAAGGAACUUUGGUGAUCCAAGCAUCUUUAAAGACUUGCAAAGUUGCAAAGAAGUUUUAAUUCUGAUUCUUGAAUUUUUUUCUUGCUUCGAAGAUUCUGCAUUAUAAGGCUCCGCUUGGACUGAUACCUAUUAAUAAAAUGUUGAAACUCAAAAACUUGUUCGCGCGGAGAUGUCACUCAAAAAACUUUUUUACCGAAUGCAGUACUGUAUAGGAAAUGGAGGAUACCUGGUAACAAUACAGUAUUUCUAUAUUUGCCAUAGUAAACGAUAAUGGGAGAAUUAAGUUUUGGCAAUAUUAUGGCAAGUUUCAUUAUGAUUAAUUCACUCGUAGUGAUUAUAACUACCGCAACACUCCAGCAUGCAGUACUAUACUUGAGGAGGUAAUACGGUUUUAGGAUACUGUACCUCAAAUUGGUAUGGUCGAUUCUUCUUUGGCAAACAGUAAUGAUUUUUUAAAUUGCUUAUUGGUAUCCCCUGUUUAUCUCAUCGACUAAGGCGGCCUAGUUUUGAAAUCCCGAAAAUUGUCCUCAUUACUUUACCCAAAUUUAUUUGUUCCAGGUUUUGUUGAUCAGGUCAAAUUUUCUCUUCUCAUUCAAAUGUCGCACCUUCUUCGACGCAAAAGUCAAUAUUUUUUCGUUAUCGAAAUGCCGUUUAAUAAUAGUAAUCGUUGUUGCAGUUUUUUUUAUAACGAAAUCGUUGACUUUCAACAUCUCCUCAGAAAUGAUUGAUGCAAGGAAAACGGUAUAUUUGGCAACUCGCAGGACUUUCGAGCAAUUCUUUUCACACUGAUCCUCACAGGAUCUUCGUCUUGUUGGGCUGAUUACUGUCUCAAAUGAAUGCUGACCCUGGCUUCAUUGCGCUGAUGAUUACCGCAUGGUUGCCUUUAGCUGUGACCCUGAAUAUUCUGGGAAAGUUUCCUGGCGAUUCCGAUUUAUUUUUUACACGCGUAACGCUGUGAGUUGUGAUAUGUAUAAUCCGGCAGAAAUGGACUUACUUUUUUGUGGCAUUAUGUAUUACCGAAAA